AUUAGAUAAUUUACGUCACAGAGAAUGGAAAGCUUCUUAAAUAGAAUUCAAACUGUCAAAUCCCAUCUGUCUCCCUCCGAAGAUUAUAGAAGGGAAACCUCAACCUACAGCUUUGACUUUGAGAAGGUGGCCACUGAGGUCAGGAGUUUACGCCCAGAAUUGUUUUACAAAGUCCAGGAAAUUGUAGAAAAAGUAUACGAAGGAAGAGGUCCAGGACAUCAUAUGUUGGAGAAAAAUGAGCUCAGAUUGGAGACUAACAAACUUAUUCUCAACACUAUCAACCACCUCUUUGAGAAGGAGGGCAUCAACGAGGAGUGGAUCAUCGAGAACCUAGACCAAUUCAUGAGGUGCCUAAUGGGUACAGGCCCUGCUAAUGCUUCUGCAUCAACUAAAUAUAGCGUACAUUAUUUUCUUUAUGCCAAGAGUAUCAAGAAUUUGGGCACUAAGAGACAUGAGGACUACCUGCUCAGGGCAGCUAACCUCACUGAUCUUGGUGCCUUUGGCAUGACAGAGCUUGGUCACGGCUCUAAUGUCCAAUCUGUAGAGACUACCGCCCAUUAUGAUCAUGAGACUAGAUCAUUUAUUCUAAAUUCUCCGACUGAUACCUCAAUCAAAUUUUGGAUUGGUAAUCUGGCAAAGACUUGCUCGAUGUUAGUCACCUUCGCUCAGUUGAUUCUCAACGGGCAAAACAAAGGAGUCCAUGUCUUCCUCGUCCCUGUAAGAGAUAAAGCCACCCAUGAACCCUUUGAAGGCUGAAUUAUUGGUGAUUGUGGUGACAAACUUGGCCUUCAAGGAAUAGAUAACGGAUGGAUCAAGUUUACUAAUUAUAGCAUCGAUAAAGAUAUGCUUCUUAACAGAUUCUGAGAUGUCAACGAUGAGGGGGAGUACAUUUCAUCCAUCCCUAAGGAAAGUAAGAGAUUUGCCUACCAUAUGGCAGCUCUAAGCGGAGGAAGGGUCCUUGCUGCUAGCAACGCAGCUGAUAUAGGAUGCAUUUCCGCCAUUACAGCUCUUCGCUAUUCAGCAUGAAGAAAACAGUUUGCCAGAAAGAAAGGAGAAGAGGAAUCUCAAAUUCUCGACUAUCCUCUUCAUCAGGCAAGAAUUAUUCCUUUAUUCGCAAGGUCAUUCGUUGAGAUGGUCACCAUGCAAGGAGUGUGGGAUGAAUAUUCUUUGAUGUCCCAUCAACUACUUGAUCCUGCAAACAAAGCUGGUGAAUACUUCCACUUAGUAUCUAGUGCAUUAAAGGCAGUUGUGACGUGGAACUGUUAUGAAACUUGGAAAGAAUCAAGACUCGCUUGUGGUGGCUUUGGCUUCUCCCACCUCAAUAACUUCGGUGAACUUGGAAAUACAUCUGAUGUCAACCAAACUUGGGAGGGAGAGAACUUCGUUCUCAUCCAACAAGCCUGCAAAAUCCUGCUAAAGAACUUUGCAAACAUGAUCAGAGGGAAAAAGACAAUGAAGACGUGUGAUUUUCUGACCCCUGAUGCUCCUGAUAAUUACAAAUUUGAAGGGUCUUUGCUUGACCUGAAGGAUCUAUUCAAACUUUACUCUCAUCAUGCUAACAAAUGUGUACAUGAAUCAAUCGCUAAGAUUCAGAUAGACUCGAUGAAGGAGGGAGAUGCCAGGCUCUCUAGGAAAGAAAUCUGGGAGAAACAUCUCUUCUAUACUUUUAUUCCCAUGGUAAAAAUUUACCUGAGCAGGUAUACCAUGGAAGCUUAUUUAAAUUUCUUGAAGAAAUUUAAUGAUUCCCCGGAAUCAAAGGAAGUUCUAACAAAACUUGCUGUUCUCAAUUAUUUGAACGAAAUUAUCAAAUUUGAGGGUAUUUUCAGAGAGUCUUUGACUAAAGAAAAUAUUGAUGAGAUAAAAGAGCAUUGUAUUGCUCUAUGUAAGGAGCUGAGACCAGAGAUGAUCGCUCUGACUCUUACUAUCCCCUUCGGCGAUAAAAUAUUCGGAGCCAUAGGUAAAUCCUCAAUGGAACCUUACUCCGAAUUCAUGAAAGGAGUAGUCAACACUCCUGGCUGCUUUGAUAAGCCGAAGGAAUGGAAGUACCUCUAUCAAAGUAAAAUCUAAAUAUCAAUCAAAGUAUGAAAAUUACGUCACAGACUUGGUCU